AAGGGGACAACUGAGACUCCAAAAUAACAGCAGAAAUAACCACAAGACGAGGAAAUCAUCACCCAGGAAUGAGAAUGAAGAGUGUUGUAUCUCUGCUGGUGUUGCUGCACUGCUGUCUGUCUGGAGCCCAGGUCCACAAAGACAGAGAUGGAGUCAGUGUGAAUGAGAUCCAGCAGGUUGACUAUGAGGACAGAGAGAGCAGUGGGAAGGACAUUCAGACUGACAAACAGAGAGCUGAAGCUGCAUUAACACACAGCCAGCAAACCCGCCAACCUGACAUCCACACUGUGCUGAGCGAGAUGAGCACCAUGAUGGCAGAGCAGAGAGUUGAGCUGAGACACACAAAGACUGAACUGGAAGCCAUGGAGGCCCGACUGAGAGCCAGUGAGAGCCGACUGACAGACAGUGAGAGACAGGUGGAGGAACUGAAAGUCCAGCUGACAUCCAAAGUGGAGGAACUGAGCAAAAUUAACAAAGCACAAGCAGUGAAACUAAACUCCAUGGAGACUCGUUCUAACAUCACUGAGAGCCACGUUGAAGUUCUGAAGAGAAACAGUCAAGACAGGAAGGUGGCUUUCUCAGCCUCACUAGCAGCACCUGGUCAAGGAGGAAACACUGGACCCUUCAACACCGGAAUCACCCUGGUCUACAGAAAUAUCUACUCAAACAUUGGCAAUGCUUAUAACCCCACUACAGGGAUCUUCACAGCACCAGUGAGAGGACUCUACCUCUUCAGGUUUUACAUCUAUGGAUGGGGUGAUAAAUAUGUUCCUACAACUGCAUUCUUGCAUAAGAAUGGACAUGAUAUAGCUGUUGCACAUGCUCACCAAGAUACUGGUGGUAUUAACUCCUCCAAUGGAGUGUCUCUGCUGCUGGAGGUGGGAGAUGUGGUCAAUAUGCAUCUCUCGGCUAGUAGAAAAGUGUAUGAUAGUGAAAGUCGCCACAGCACCUUCAGUGGUCACCUGCUCUUCACUAUGUAGGAGGGUUAUUGAAGGACUGUAUCAGUUAUCUGUACAGGAAAUUAUUCAGACAUUUUAACAAUAUAUAUAUAUAUAUAUAUAUGUAUAUAUAUGCCAUUUAGCAGACGCUUUUAUCCAAAGCGACUUACAGUCAUGUGUGCAUACAUUCUACGUAUGGGUGGUCCCGGGGAUCGAACCCACUACCCUGGCGUUACAAGCGCCAUGCUCUACCAACUGAGCUACAGAAGGACCAAUAUUGUCUUAGUGUUGAAAGUUCUCCAUUUACUCUCUAAUAGUUCAAACCAAGGCAGUUCUCAAGGAGAAAAGUAGUUGAAAUUUACAAGAGACAAAAAUAAUAUUGUAUCCGAGAAUAACAAUAAUAUACUCAGAAUGAAAAUAUUAAUGUCAUGUAAAUAUUAUACUGUCCACUAACAUGUAUUUAGAUGUUUACACCCCCCCAUCCCCCACUUCUUAAUUCCCUUUUCUACUGUAAAUUGAAGAGUAGUAAACAUUGUGUUGAGUAUUAUGUAAUAAAGUGUUUAUCAAAAGAA